AUGAUGAACAUUUUAACCCCCACACCCAGUACGGACUGUUUGAGUCGACGGGAGUUUAGUUCUGUCUAUCCACCAGCGGAAGACUCAUUUCUUUUUCUUGACGCACUAGAAAGUGAUGUCGAUUUUAUACGAAAUCGUUUGAAGCCUGCUUUAUCGAUCGAAGUGGGUUCUGGAUCGGGUAUCAUAUCAGCAUUCCUUUCUAAGAUAUUAGGCCGUGCUUGCACCUACUUGUGCAUUGACGUCUCAUUUCAGGCUUGUCUGGCAACGAAAGAAGUUUUCAACGAGAAUAAUGUCAGAUUACUUGAUUCCAUUUGUGGUAAUCUUUUCUCCUCUCUGCGUUUGAGUUCGUUAGGAUUUGCUGACAUUGUUCUCUUUAAUCCUCCAUAUGUUCCUACUGAGGAAAACGAGUUAUUGGAUGCAAAGUCUACUUUAACUGCCGCUUGGGCUGGAGGUCCAAAGGGAAGAAUGGUAAUCGAUGCUUUCAUCAAACAAGUUGAACCAGUUUUGUCAAAAUCGGGUGCUUUGUAUAUUCUGCUCCUUCGGGAAAACGAUCCUGAUGAAGUUGCAAACCUUAUCAAAUCAGUCACAAAUGGUCGUCUCUCGGAAUCGAAAUGCGUUCUUCAGAGGCAAUGUGGUACUGAGCAUCUUUUUGUAUAUCGGUUUUAUUAUCCAAGUGUCGAUCCCGAAAUUGAUAUGCCUACUCGUUUACAAUCACUUAAUUUGUUUCGUGCAUUGGUGAAGUAUAUUCAGUCGCUUGAGCAUACUGAUCAAAAGUACCUUCUCGAUCGAGUUAAGAUGGAAUUUCGAAUGUCAAACGAAAAGAAUGACGACGAAUAUUCAGAAUUUCUUUACGAAGUAAGGAUUUUUAACUUGUUAUCUUGCAAUUUUAAUAGAGAGGAAAGGCAUUGCUGA